CCACAAGGCGCAAAGCAACCAUAUUGGCAAAACGUCAUAAACGAAAAGCAUAAAAUAGCAGACCUCAUCGUCAUUAAAGCCGGCAUAGUCAAAAAUGGCACAUUCAUCAACAAAGCUAAUGAUAACCAGGCAUCGGUAAACUAUGUGCAGCGAAGACCUACUGGGAGCUUGCGCCUGAGAGCCAUGUCAUUGUUUUGGAAGCUCGUGCAACUCUUGGUGGAGUCUGGGCUGAAGAAAACUUAUACAAAGGCCUCAAGACCAACAAUCUUUACGGCACAUGAGUACUCCGACUUCCCCAUGGACCCGAAAGUCUACAAUGUGUGA